AUGGAGGCUGUCCCCUCCCAAAUUUCCCCAGAGAUGAAGAACCUGCCGCCCACUCCCGAGGAAGCGAGCUUACCCUUCAAUUCCAAGGGAAAUAUCCCAUCGACUCUGGACAGCACCUCGGAUGAGGCUGCACUACACCGCGCGAGAGCCACGGAAGCGGUUUGGGAGAAUUCCCUUCGCCACCGAGAGAACACUCGGGGUGAAAUUAUGCUGCCGAUCAACGUGGUAAAUGUUAUCGGAUGGUCAAAUGUCGAGCUCCUCCGGAGUCGAUACGAGCUUUUGAUCGACCGCCCUAUUCGGAGCACCUACGACGCGCAGUACGACAUUGUUCGUCUGAUUCCGUCGAUCGGUGGACAACGUCCGGGUGUGCAAUUGGAUGCAUGGGCGCAGUGGCACAUCUCCACGAACCUUUCGGAGGCAGCACAGGAGAUGAACUUGUUCAAUGACAAUGUCAAGCAGAAGAUUCCUCGGCCUCCGAACUCGUUCAUCUUGUAUCGCCGUGACAACCACAGGACGACUACGGCGGCCCAUCCCAAUCUUCCGAACACGCAGAUCUCGCGUAUUAUCGCUACGAAGUGGAAGAAGGAGUCUGAUCACGUCAAGGCUGCUUACCGUGAAAAAGCCCUCAUGGCAAAAGAGGAGCAUCUUAGGAAGCACCCUGAUUAUCAAUACUCCCCUCGUCGCCCUGGUACACGGCCCCGUCGCUGCCCACGCAUCCAUUCUUCAGCCCUCAGCUUCCUGUGGACCAUGGAAGAGGGAUCUGAGAUACUUGCCGAGCUCUCAAAGAAGAACGGUGGAUCUCGGAGCUUCUGGGUCCCCGUCACUCGCGAGUUGAUCGAAGCUCUCGACAAGUUAAAGCUGCUCAGACUCCUGGGCCCAAUUCCUGAGGCUCCGACACCCCACCAGUUUGCAUCUAUUGUGCGGCAGACGCUCAACCGGGAUGUUCGCUCGGUCUGCGAUGAUCAGGCUGAAGACCUUGCUGACGAGGAUCAGAUCUAUGAAAGUGCCGAUCCCUUUAUGGGUGACGUGCUGGACUUUGACGGACCUGAUGAACCUCCCUAUAUUGUCAAAAACGUCCCCGGCAAGGCCGCUAUGACUUAG